CAUUACAGCGUGAAAUCAAUAACCUGCAGCAGUGAACACUAAAGACGGAAAAGAGAAGAAACCGACGCUCUGGCAGCAAAAGUAGGUACUUUACAAAGAACAUGUUCCUCCCUGUUGUUUAAAGACUCUGUAGCUUUAACCUGUGUGUCACCAGAGUGUGUGUUAAACCGAAAGGGAACUAUGUGAAAGUGAAGUGGAUUUACACACCCUCUGCUGCUCACAAGACUGCGGCAUGUGAUAUCGAUUAGAGAAACACACACUGAAGACUGGCCUGUUUCAGCUCCUGGUGGACUGCUAGAGAUGCAGGGGAAGCUGAAUUCAACACUGAACUGUCCUGCUGGAUGAAGCUGUCAAGAAACACAGAUAAGGGAGAGGAGUUGAUACUUUUCUCAGCAAUCAAAAGAAGAGAAAGCAGCUGUAAACAAUUUCCACUCUGGACCAAAUCCCCUCUUCAAGAAGUGGACCAAACAUGGUGCACGUCUACAACUGCCAUCCUUUCGCCUCACAGCAGAUAGUACAGGUGGAGCAGGAGCCUGGACUGGUCUGCUGUGGAGGUGGAACGCUAUUUGUGGUCGCUACUGGAGGAUGCAAGGUGGAGGCCUACAGUGUGGAGCAGGAGGGCUGCCCUUUCAUCUGUCGCUUUGCCACCAUGGGCAAUGUGAAGAGCAUCCAGCACAGCAAGAUAGGAGAUUACCUGGUGACCAUUGAGGAAAAGAACAGCGCCACCUACCUGAGAGCCUACACCAACUGGCGCCACCAGGCGGAGGGAAAGGCCCGUGUCGGCGUGCGUCUAUUGGGCCACCUGCUGCGUGGGGCAUCCGUGCGGGGUGGAGUGCAGAUGGAGAUCAUUGAGAUCCCCCUGUCAGAGGGUCCUUUUGCCGUGGCGUGUUGCCCAGUAACUGGAGACCUUCUGGUUGGCUGUGAGAACACUCUGGUUCUGUUCGCUUUGAGGAGGCAGAACCAGCAGAGUCUGCAGACUCAGAGUCAGCAGAUCCUUCAGAGCACCUGGCCGAACUCUCAGCAGAGCUCCAGUCAGACUCAAGGUCAGACCUCGAGUUCAAACCAGAAUUUCCUGGAUUUUGAACACUCAGUUAUCCUGCACCUUCCAAAGAUCAAGCCUAAACAGGUGGCGCUGUGUGGAGCAUAUUUGGCCGUGCAGGCAGAGCUGGAGGUGCUGGUUCUCAAACUGGAUGCAUCCUCUGAACCAAACAUCCUGGAUGAAUCAUCGGACACACAGAAACAUCUGGCAGCAGAUCAUCUAGAGGACCAGGCAGACUUCAUGGUGCUUCCGAGACACCAGGAGCUGCUUGGCGAUCGAGCCAAAGACUGCGACAUCCCUGUCAGCAUUGAAAAGACCGGGCUUGAGGACAGAGGACAGUACACGCUGUCAUAUGUUCUCUUCAGGCGUUUUACUCCAGACUUCUUCCAGGGCUGCAGCGUUGAGGAGACUCAACUCCACUCCCUACAGCUUUACCCACUUUUCACCAGUAACCAGUCAGCACCUCUGGAAGAACCUGCAUGUAUGUUCUGCUUUUUCUCUCUCCCCAACGCCGGCUACCUGUACAGUUUGAAGGGUGGUGUGGAGCUUCUCUCAGCCUAUCAGUAUCCAGAGAAGGUCCUGAAGGCGGUGCUAACAGACCACCUGCUGCAUGUCAUAACAAAGAGUGCAUUACAGUGUUUCACAGUGCGCUGUGCAGCAGUAGCAGCCAGGAUAGAAGACCCCUACAUCGAUACCACCAUGAAGGCCUGUCCACCCUGCAGCCUAGAGGUGUGUGCGCUCAGGAUGCAGUUGUUCAUUGGUCUGCGCUCGGUGUGUGUUUACGGCCGCCAUGUUAUCCUGCUCUCCACCGCUGACUCAGAGACACCAGAGGAGCCUGAACGCAUCACACAACGCAGAGGCCUCGAGUUGAAAGAACACACCUUGCUGACUGGUAUUUUCCUGGCGGUGGGAAUCGAUCCCGCAACCACACCGGCUCUGGAGAGCCUUCUAUCACGGCCCUUCCUGAGCAGAAGGUGGACAAUGUCUUCUCCCAAAGAAACCAGCUCAGCCGGACAAGGAUGGAACAUCUAUGUGGUCGACACUGUCUCCCCCCUCACUCUCUACCAAGAAAUGGUGGAAUACAGCCAGCGGUAUGCAGAGACCAACCCGCAGGCCCAAAGCCUUCGGCACCUCCUCAGUGAGGCUCACCUCCUUCUCCGCGCCUCCUUACUCCAAACACCUGAGCAGCAACCAAAAGUGGAGGGUGAGACAGAUACAGACAGACCAGCUGAGAAACAGACAGUUGUACAGACAGACAGGCAAGAGCUGGAGGAGGCACUCAGGGAGAACUGUGCACAGCUGGGAGACUGUUUCAGCAGGAGCAGUCAGAAGGACUGCCACCUGGCUCUGCCAUACUACAGGAUGUCUGGUCUGUCAGUCACAGAGAUCAUAACCAGGAAUCGCCCGCAUCCCAGCAGCCCUCACUCCUACGGCCCCGGCUUCCUGUUCUACCUGAAGCAUUUCCUGUUAGAAGAAACAGAGCAGAUCCUCAGUCAGGAAGCAGCUGAUGAGGUCAUAAACAUUUUCAGCCAAUCGGAGCCCUCACAGCUCGUCAGCGUGUGUGCCAGCCCGUCCAUGAUAAACAUCAGCCCUGCACAGACGCUGCAAAUCUUACAACAUCUGGAGGACUCUGCCGGCGUGUCAGUCCCUCUGACAGUCACCAUGGCAACCAUGAUGCUGUGUUUGGACGACCUGCCACAGUACACACAGCUGAUGGAAAGACACGCAGAGAUGCUGCUGGUGUACGGGUUCAUCGAGGAGCCGAGGCUGUUGCUGCAUGGCGGAGGUGGAGGUCAGCACGCACACAUCCGUCCCACAGCGUUGACACGCCAGUUGGCAAAGUCCCAACCAGGACUGCUGGUGGCCGCCAUGGUGGCUUUACAUGAAAACAACAAAGUUCAGCUGGAACAGGCUGAUCACAUAUUCAAGGAGCUGGGCUGUGGGAAUUGCUUACAGGUGGAUUUCUGGGAGGCGAUGCUCAUGGCUUCCUCACAGGACGCUGUCAUCCAGGAACUUCUGUUCCGUCUGGCGUCUGUCUACAUCGACCGACUGGCCAACACCAAAUCAGACACAUACUCCAACAAACCACACACACCCUCAAGACGCAAGUCGCUGAAGAGUGCUGACGAUCUGAUAAACUCAUGCUCUCAUUAUGGUGCUCUGUACCCAUGGCUCACUGUUCUCAAUCCAGCUCAUACUACCAGCUCCCAACACCAGGAGGCGCUGUACAAACUGCAGUCUCUCCUGUGUGGUCCGUCCCUGUCUGUGGGCUCCGUCGUGCCCCUGAUGGAGUGUCUGUCAGAGGAAACCUUGUGGGGCUUCAGCCUGCACCUCCUCUGUGCAACCAGAAGGGGGCAGUACGACAGCAGCAUUGAAAAGCUGCUGGAUCGCUGUCCUCAGGCCAUCAUAGCCUACGCCAACCACCAGUUACAAGACAAACAUAUGGCGUUGUGGUGGCAGAAGCUGCUCCCAGAGCUGUGCAACAGGACGAGAGCUGCGACAGACAACAGCAUUUUACUGGCUGCUCUCAAAGAGACGCUGGUUGUGGUUGCCAUGGAGACAAGCCCCACAGAGUUCCUGGAGCUGAUACCUGACGAUGGCACCGCCUCAUACUUUCUGCCACACCUGUUGACAUGUAGCCAGAGACACCUACUGGCCUGACACACACACACACACACACACACAUACUUGAAUAGAGAAAUGUGUCACUCCUUCAUCCAAACCCAUGACUAGAACAAUUGGAGUGUACUUUGAAUUGACCUGUUACACCGGAGCAGUUUGGGUUUCAGUGAUUUGCUCCAGAGACCCUCAACAGUGGUGUUUGAUCCACGUGACAACACUGAACACAUGACUCUGGCUCCCAUCAGACUUCAUGUCGUGACCAGCACUUUGUUUGUCCUCAGACAAUCAUGUGCAGGUUUUUGAUUUGGUUUGUAAUGGAACAAAUUCCUGACCAACUUUUGAGUGUUAAGCACUAUGAUGGAAGAUGUAAUCAGUCACUCUUGUGUGUUUUUAGAUGACAGAGUAGAGAUAGAAAAGAAUAGAAUAUGCAGGUUACACAAGAACAGACUACAGCACAUAGAGCAGGUCAAACAGAGCAGAAAGUUUUAGGUUUGUUUGUGGUUAUGUGUUUGUAUGUACAUAUUACUUUGAAUUUCUGAGUUUUGUUGAUAUCGAUACUGUAUGUGGUGAUACCAACAUCAUUGUUAAGAUACUAUGAGAAUUUAUUUUUUAUUUAUUACAGUUCGUAGUCCGAAAACAUGUCCUGUAAUACCUGAGACCAGGAAUUAGUUUAAAGCUCUGACUGUGGGGUCCAUCACUAGAGUUCUGUCUUUUGCAUUUUUUGACUGAAUUGUAAAGAAAACACUUUAGUUUCUUGUUUUGUUUCUCCAACUCACAUAAACUUAUUAGCUGUAGUCUGUCAUAAUAUAGCAGCUGUUGAAAAGAAAAUAUUUGAUUAGAUCAACAGAUAUUAUGCUGCAAAUACCUUGACAGAUACCAGCCAGCCCUCUGUUUUAUAACGCCACUGCAGUGUGCAAACCGUGUACAUGUGUUGUCUGUUCUUCUUUGUCACUCGAGCAAAUUUCUGGAUUGUAUCCAAAAAAUGUAUUAUUCAAACCGCAAUCAACUAGGCCAAAAGAAAUAUUUUGUUGUGUCAUCUUACUCACCACUUUAACUUCCUGCUUGCUUCCUGUAAGUUGAUUAUUUUUUUUACGUGUUCUUCCUUGAAUAUAGAUAUAAAAUCUAAGAGUUUCUGGUUGGUUUGAGUUUGACUGCAUGAAGUUGCUGAUAAGCAAAAGUUCCUUGUGCUGCUGUCUUGAUUGGCUUGACUUAUUGAAUACAGAUAGUUCACUGUGUGAUUUUGUUAAGUCACAUCAGUUUCACCAAAGAGAGGAGGUGUGCCUUUAAACAAAUGCUCUUCAGUUUGACCCAGGCAAAAACAUGAUUAGAUCGUAGAUCCCUGUUGUGUAGUAUCUGCUGCUGCUGAAAUCUGCAAACAUAAGACAUUUAGAAAUAAUUGAAUCUGUCUGUUUGGUGCUGUUUGUGCAAAGAAAAAUCCUCCUUCACUGAACAGCACAGUAGAUCAUUUUAGAGGUCACAGAGCCCCAUUUGUUAAUAAAACAUGUAUUUUGAGUUUUAGAAAAUAGUGUUUUGUACCUGGAAUGGUGUUACAUGAUCAAUCCAAAGUGACUCAGGUGCGAGGUUAAUGAUAAAACAUUUAUGACAUUAGUUGUGCAUUUGUCUUUUCAGUCUUUUAAUUGACCUUUUUAAACCUGACCCCCACAAUCCCUCUGAGACCCUGUCAAACACUUGAAUUCAUUGUGUAGAAACUGGAAUCAACAAUUUAAAAGCCUUUAACAACAACAGGCCGACAUGUUUUAACUCUGAAGACGCUGCUGAACCAAGCAGAGCUAUUUCACAAACCUCUCAACCAAUGAGAGCUUCAGAACAGUCCAGAUCCAAUCACAUCUUGAGAGCACAACUCUAAACCAAUCAGACCAUUAGACUCUGAUAGAUCUCAGCUGUUGAGAUGUUUGGAGGGCCACCGUCACCUGAGGACUUUUUGGAGGUUCACCUGAAACUAGAGAGGGAACAGAAAGCAGUACCAGGCAUUGAAACAAUAAAAGGGGCAAGAGAUUAAGGAGCAGAGAGGAGCUGAGGCUAAAGCAAGGACAAGAAUCUAGGUCAAGAUAUAGACAGAGGACAAGAGUGGGACUUGUUCUGAUAAGGAGUGGAACCACAAAGUAGAAUUUAAAGAAGGUCUGAAUUAGAGCAGACAAAGAGUUUAGAGUUGCAUCAGAGCAAUGAAACUGAGCAAAAGGAAGGCGGUGCUGCUGGCCAUCACAGAAAACAUUGAGAUGGAGCUGUUUUCUUCAGAGGAGUCCUGCAUGGUGACAUUAAUACAAGAGGAGGAGGAGGAGGAAGAAGAGGAGAGCUUUUACCAGGUGUGUCUGCUGUUGAACUGCAUCUGUGCAUGCAGCUUGGAUUAAAAGAAGCACUGUGGUGAUCCUCAGACUGCUAAUAAAUGUCUCUGUGUGCGGCAAA